AGAAGAUAAUAAUGACCACAUGGAAGAAAUUAUGUAACCUAUGGAGCAAGUUAAAUUCCAGGUCGCUGAAGACAUUAUGUAUCCACAUGUUAUGAAACCACCUGCAAGAAAGCACGAUCAAUUAAAAAGUGCCUUAUUAUCCUAAAAAGACAGAUCCUGGAGACCAGUAUCCAGGCAUUACAGUUUGACAUUUUAUUUUACUGAAAGAACCUGUCCAUUGGUUGCCCUGAGCACCUCAUUUUCUAAUUCAUGAGCCAGAGGAAUGCAGGUGCUCAGCUUUCAGAAAGGCUUCUCAUAGCUGCACACAAAGGCCAGACAGAGAAUGUGGUGCAGCUCAUCAACAAGGGGGCCAAAAUAGCUGUCACUAAGCAUGGACGUACUGCACUGCAUUUGGCUGCGUACAAGGGCCACAUUGACGUUGUACGAAUUCUGCUGAAAGCCAGUUGUGAUCUGGACAUCCAGGAUGAUAGUGAACAAACAGCCUUGCAUCGAGCAGCUGUUGUGGGUAAUACCGAGGUCAUCUCAGCACUCAUUCUUGAGGGAUGUGCUCUAGACCGGCAGGACAAGGAUGGUAACACUGCUCUGCAUGAAGCUUGCUGGCAUGGUUUCAGUCAAUCUGUCAAACUCCUGGUCAAGGCAGGAGCAAAUGUCCAUGCAAAGAAUCAGGCAGGUAACUUAGCCCUCCACUUGGCCUGUCAGAAUGGCCAUUCCCAGAGUUCCCGUGUACUAUUGCUAGGAGGGUCCAGACCUGACAUUAAGAACAGUAUGGGUGACACGUGUUUACACAUUGCUACUCGUUACAAUCACGUGACUAUUAUUAGAAUCCUCCUGAGUGCUUUCUGUUCUGUUAGUGAGAGGAACCAGGCAGGUGACUCACCACUCCAUAUUGCUGCAGCUCUCAACCACAAGAAAAUAGCAAGACUUCUAUUGGAAGCUGGGGCUGACAGCAACAUUGUCAAUAAUGCAGGGCUGAGCCCUCUGGAAGCAGCUAGAGAGAAUAACAGUCCAGAAGUAGCCCUUCUCCUCACCAAAGCACCACAGGUUCUCAGUUUUUGUCGUGGGAGAAGCCUGAGGAAGAGGAGGGAAAAACUCAAGCAAGAACGAAGAGCCCAAUCGGUGCCUCGUGAUGAAUUGAUCCAGAGUAAGGGAAGUGUCUCAGUGGAUGAUGGCCACAGCAGUGAGCAAGGACACCAGAAGAAAAAAAAUGGGGAUGAUUUAAUCAGAGUAGCUACACCAGAACAGAAGAAAAAGUGGGAGAGAAAGAAAAAACAGAAGAGUUCCGCUCUUUCUGAUCCCCCUCCACUGACAGACCAGCAGCCUCAACAAGACAAUGCAAAUAUCAGGAAGAGGAGAAGCAAACAUUGCUGCUGUUCCCCAAGUCCACAGCAAGCUGUUCUCCCUCAUAAUUUCCGUGCCUACCAGCUCUAUACAUUAUACAGAAACAAGGAUGGCAAAAUCAUGCAGGCCCCAAUAAAUGGUUGCCGUUGUGAGCCCCUGAUCAAUAAACUUGAGAACCGUCUUGAAGCCACAAAGGAGGAAAUAAAAGCUGAACUUGAUAUUGUGCAAGGAAAGUUGAAUGCAAAACUUGGAGAACUGGAAGGAAGAAAUAAGCAUGAGAUCAGAGUCCUAGAUAAGCUAACAUAUGAGAGGAUCUCAGCUGAGCGGACAGAAUGCCUCCAUCGUAUUGACCAGCGUGCAGUACUUGAGAGACUGGAAGGAGAGAAACGCCAGUCUUCAAUGGUGGAUGAUAUGAAAUCUUGGUGUAUGUCAAAGCUCCAAAAUCUUGAGCUCAAGUUAUCAGGAGAACUGCGAUCAAAAUCUGCAACCCCCUCCAGUGAAAAUGUGUCAGAAAGUCUAGAUCCUGAUACCAUUCUAAGCAGCAGGGACCACGGAACUGUCCAGACAUAUCCUGUUACACAGCAAGCAGAAGAACAAUCGCAACAGCCUUAUAGUCUGUUAGACGGAUCAGAAGAUGCCAAAGUCCAAUCCCCAGAUGAGGUAUUAGGCAGACAACAGGAUAUUCCGCAAGGAGCAACACAAUUGGUAUUGACUACUCCUAAUUCCUCCUCAACCACUGCCCAAGCAACUUCUCUUCCAGCUGUUCGACCAAAGGAAAGGAGCAUUUGUUCUGCUCCCCCUUCUAAAACACCCCAAGACCUAUCACCCGUGGAGCAGCCUUUGCCAAAAUCUGGUCAUGUUAAGUUUCAGACUUCUAGUGAAACAUCAGUUGUGAAAACGGACCAAGCAGUGACUGUUCAUCCAGUUCGGGGACACAAUCAAAGCAAAAGCACCCAGACAAAAAAAUCUCUCAGUGGAAGGCAUAGACAACAACAGAGCAGUACGUUGCUUUCUACUGGACAAUGCAUGGAACAACCUCGCACAGUAGUUAAGGAGAGCGUGCCUGUGCUUGAAAUCACACAAUAUUUUUUUGAGGCAGUUUCCACACAGAUGGAAAAGUGGUAUGAGAGGAAGAUUGAGGAAGCAAGAUGUCAAGCUGAUCAGAAGGCCCAUCAGGAUAAAGUCGCUUUGCUGGAGCAGAUUAAAAGCUUAGAAGAAGAAUUACAGAAACUUAGGACUAAAAUGCAGAAAGAUAGCUAGCAAUUCCAGUGAAAGACACUCCUUCCUAUCAAGGAACAUAUCACCUAUGGCAAUAAUAACUGACACAAUAUUCUUAGCCGGAGAGUAGCACAUAAAAAUUAACAUAACAAGUGUAUGUGGGCUUCCACUGUACAGGAGACUUGUAUUUUUAAAAUUGCAUACUGUUGUUUUACAUUUGUUGGUCUCAAGCCACAGAUUCAACCUUUCGACACUCUAUUUUAGGUCCUCCCUGUAACGUUAGAAAAUAGGUUAUACUUUAUGUUUGUCAAAACUAAGCAUGAAAUAAAUUCACUGAUAGACCCUUACAGCUUUGUAUAGCAAAAGUUAGUAAAUUAUUACUCUUGGAAAGUGUUGCAAACAAAUAUAUUCUAAUUACAUUCCUUUUACAUUGUACCAUGGCAGAUUAAAUGUUGCACAUUGUGUAUGUCAGCAUUAGUGCUAUUCACAGGUUUAAUAUGGGCUCAGAGAAUUUUAAGAAAAUGCACAUGACAAAUAUUAUAAUUUGAAAAUGAAGAGAAUUACAUUUAAUAUUUUGUAUUUGAAUAUGCAUAAAUUAGAAGUUGUUUAAAAUUGAUUGACUAAAUGCACAAGAUAAUCACUGACAUAUGGUUACUGCUGUUAGAUUCUGGCAAGUCCAUCGCACACUGUGACAAACAGAAUAUAAUGAGGUGAAUUUAAAGUGGAUGUAAUCACGGAUAUAAGUGGCCAGAAAUUUCUGUGGAGAUUUCUGCUUCACGUGACUCAUGUACAGGUGAAUCAACCAAGUUGAGAACCAACCAGAAGAGGAUUUUUCAUUCCACAAAUUCCACUGUGUGGUGGGGGUAGGGGAUAGUGGUUGAGAUUUGAUAACAUUAUAGUUUUUCUGUUUUCCAGCAUUUACAAUGUAUCUGAUCUCAGUCAUCCAUAGGUUAAUGUAUAACAGAUUAGGCAGCAGCUCAAAGUAGAUUUAAAGAUUUAACAGUAAAAUAACCAACUUUUUAAAAUGUGCCCUGUACACAGAUUUGGAUUAUUGCAUACAUUUUUUCUUUGGCUCAAUUGAUUUCAAAGUCUCUUUGCUAUAAAUUACUAACACUAACUUUUUAGAAUUUAAUCUAUUGUGGGAUGUGGACAUUGUUGGAAGGCCAGUAUUUGUUUCCCAUCCCUCAUUGCCUUUGAAUUGAGUGGCUUGCUUGACCAUUUCAGGACAGUUAAGAGUCAGCCACAUUUAUAUAUAUUUGGCCAGACCAGAAAGGCACAGCAAAUUUCCUUCUCUGAAGGAUAUUAAUGAUUUGAAAGAGUGGGGAUUUAUGGGAGGUGAGGAGGCUAAAUCCAGAGACACAGGUAAAGUUCUGUGGACCGGGGUACAAAUCCAUCCAUGUUGAAAUUUGAAAUCAAUGAAAAUCUGAAAUGAAGGGUCCAAUGAUGACCAUGAAACAAUUGUUGAUUGUCAGA